AUGGCGGGCCGGUUGGCUAGGAUUCAAGCCCGAAGCAAUGCAGAAGCUAUCCUCACUGCGGCUGGGGUCUCUCUCCUCCAGGACCAUGGGAUAGCUGCCGCCGGGUACCCUGACACCCUGAGAAUCAGGCCAACGGGCAUGGGAUGGAUGGUGGGAUGGUGCCGUUCAGACCCGGUCAACGCGGUGAACAUCUAUGUACUGUACAAGCCCCCGCCCUGGCUUGCCAGCCUGGGUUCCCGACUGGCGCGCCUGCCAGGGCAUGGAGAACCAGCAGAGUGGCUCAGAUAUGGUUAUGGGCAGGUCAGAAUAUCUGCUCAAAGGGAAGAGGACAUUGGAUCACAUUCGCAGCAAUCAAAUGUGCUUCAGGCAACUGUGCGCAUUCACACAUUAUGA